AUGCCACUGCUCUCUGUUCUGUUGUGUGCUAAGACAAUCAUGGGCAUUUGGUUGAUCCAGUAUUAUUGUACACUGGUUUAUGUAGUAUCCAGUUAUCACCGCGCGUAUUUCUUAUACUCUACAGGUACUCCACGAAGUUGUUCCAAGUUGGCAAAGGGCGAGAAGGGCGAAGCAGCUAUCCGUAAGUACUUACCAACAGAAGAGACCGUAGAUCUUCGUCGGAAGUCAAGCAAUCGUCAGUUGCAGCACUUAUCUUCACCCACUGCCACUGAAGCCGGACAAACGCCUUCUUUGUUCACCAAUGCCCACCUACCCUCAUCGAGCCGACAGUUUACCCUGGAUCACUCUUCUAUU